AUUUCUUCACCGAUCCGGUUAUACUGGAGUGCGGGCACAACUUCUGUCGCUCUUGUAUCACACAGUGUUGGGAAAUGGAAGAGAGAAACCCCUGCCCGGAAUGUAGAGAGGAGUUUGCUGACCGCACCCUCAGGGUGAAUCGCGCCUUAGCAAAUCUGGCUGAAAAAGCUCGAAAUCUAAACCUGAAUCCGAAAGGGAAGGAAAGUAAACGUCACUGCGAGGAACAUGAGGAAGAAUUGAAGCUGUUUUGUGAAACGGACAAGGCACUGAUCUGUAUGAUCUGUGCAGUGGCGGAGGAACACAGAGAGCACUGCUUCAGGCCGAUUAAAGGAGCUGUUAAAAUCUACAAGGAUCAUCUAAAAUCUUCCUUAGACUCUCUCACAAAAAAGAAAUCUGACUUCCAGGAAAAGGAGCAGCAACAGAAAGAGAAGAUUUCCGAAGUUCAGAAACAGUCACACAGCGUUCAGACCCACAUCACAUCCCAGUUUGCUGAACUGCGCCAGAUUAUCACAGAGAAAGAGCAGAGUUUACUCAGGGAUCUCAGGACGGAAGAGGAGAGGAUUCUAAAUCCAAUGCGGAAAAAUCUUCGACUGAUUCAAGGGAAUAUAAAGAUUAUUCAGGAGGAAAUCACUAAGUUAAAGGAACAGAUGGAUCAAAAAGACAGUGUGAUGUUUCUCAAGGAGGAAGCUCAUCAGAACAGGAGAAUCAGUGACAAUGUCCAGGAAUUGUCUGUGACAGAUGAGGCCCUACCGGUUGAAAAAUUUGAGCACCUCUAUUUGUUGAAAACAGUGCUGAAAGAAACACUUGAUGCUAUUAACCGAGUCUCUGUCACCCUGGAUGUGGAAACGGCGCAUCCGGAGCUCGCGGUGUCUGAGGAUCGGAAGAGUGUGACAUGGACCGGGACCCGGAGGGAUCUCCCUGACGCCGGGAAGAGAUUCACAUACUGGGAUUGUGUGCUGGGAUCGGAGAGAUUCACAUCGGGGAGACAUUACUGGGAGGUAGAGGUGACGGGGAAUCGGCGCUGGUGUCUGGGAGUCGCCGCAGAGUCUGUGGAGAGGAAAAGACGGACUCUCAGGCAGAACCGAAGCCGAUCGUGUCUCCUACAAUCAACUGAAGCCAUUGGAAAAAACAAGGGCCUGCUGACAUUUUCUACCUGUCAUUGGUGCCAAUAUUUGCCAACAAGUCUGGUUGCUCGCCCUCCCCCUUUAGAAUGCCAGGGGCCUGAUCGGAGUCAUCCCUGUCCCUGGCACCUGGACACAUCUCACCAUCCGGGUGACUCUAUCGCCAGCACAGAACCGCUGGUCGUUGGUUGACAACAGGAGGAACUCUAACCCUGUUACGGCGGAGGGAUGAUCGGGUGAGAGUUAAUGUUCUGGAAAUGGAGGGGUUGCCUCAUGGAUCAGAGGGAAUAAAAGGUUGGA